AUGUAUUCUCUUGUUUUUCUUCUCUCCCAUCUUUCUUCUUUCUUUUUCUCGUUGUUUUCUUUCUUUUUCUCCUUUUUCUUUCUUGUUGUUUUCUUUCUUUCUCUUUUAUUUUUGUUUUCUUUCUCUCCCAGUUUUCUUCUUGCUGUUUCUCUUUUUUCUUUCUCUUUGUUUUCUUUCUUUUUUCCUUUCUUUUAUCUUUUUUUGUUUUCUUUCAUUUUCUCUUUUAUUUUCUUUGUCUUCUACUUUUCUUUUUUCUUUUCAUUCCAGUUUUUUUCUUUCUUUUUCACUUUUCGUUUCAUCCUCUUUUUGUUGUCUUUCUUUUUCCUUUUUGUUAUGUUUUCUUUCUCUUUUUCUUCUCUCCCGGCUUUCUUCUUUCUUUUCUUCUUUCUCAUUGUUUUCUUUCUUUCUCUUUUAGUUUUCUCCAUUCUUUUUUUCAUUAUUUUAUCUUUCUCAUUAUUUUCUUUUUCUCUUUUUCUCUUUUUCUUUCCCAUUGUUUUCUUUCUUUUUACUUUUUGUUUUGUAUCUCUGAGUUUUCUCCUCUGUUUCUCUCUUUGUCUUUUUCUUUCUCUUCUAGUUUUUCUUUUCGUUGCUUCUUUUUCACUUCUUUCUUUUUCCCAGUUAUUUUCUUUUUCUUUGUGUUUCAUUCUUCUCCCCAUUAUUUUUUCUGUUUUCCUUUUCUUUUUUGCCUCUUUCAUUUGUUUUCUCUUUUUACUUCUUUUAUUAUCCCUUUUAUUCUCUUUUUCUGUUUUCUUUUUCCUUUUAUUUUCUUUCUUUUAUAAAGUUUUCUUUUUCUGUCUUUUCUACUUUUCCGUCUUUCUUUAUUCUUUUUGUUUUCUUUCUCUUAUUUUUUCUCUUUUUUUCUAUUUUGUUUUUUUCUCUUUGUUGUCUUCUUUCUUUUCAUUUUUGUUUUCUCUUUGUUGUCUUCUUCCCUUGUUUUUUUUCUCUUUAUAUUUCUUUGCUUUUCCUUUAUUUUCUCUUUGUUUUCUUUUCUUUCUAUUUAUUUUUGUCUUCUUCCUCUCUUGUUUACCUUCUCUUUGUUGUCUUCUUUUCCUCUUUAUCUUCCUUUUCUCUUUCUCUUUGUUGUUUUCUUUCUUUUUCCCUUUAGUUUUCUUUUUGUUUUGUUUCUUCUUUUUCACUAGUUUACCCUCUCUUUCCUUUCUUCUUUCUCCUCUUUUUUUUUUUUCAUUUUGUUGUCUUCUUUAUUUUUCCAUUUGUUUAGUUUCUCAUUCUUUUCCUCUUUUCUCUCUGUUUUUUUUCUUUUCUUUUUCCAUUUCAUUCUCUUUGUUGCCUUCUUUCUUUUUCCCUUUUGUUUUCUUUCUCUUCUAG